AGCUCGGCGGCCGCCUCACCGGUCUCACCGCUCCUGCGAGCCUCCGAGCCUCUCCGCCCGCCGCCAUCCAUCCAUCCAUCCAUCCAUCCACCCAUCCACCCAUCCACCAUCCACCCAUCCACCCAUCCACCCACCCACCCUCCAUCCGUCCUCCUGCAUCCGCCGCACCGGCGCCCGCUCCUCCAGCCGCCGCCGCCGCCGCCGCCCCAGAGGACGCUCCGCCCGCCCUCCGGUCCCCUGCGCCGAUGGAGCUGGACCACAGGACGCCCGGGGGCCUCCACGCCUACCCCACGCCGCGCGGCGGGCCGGUGGCCAAGCCCAACGUGGUGCUGCAGAUCGGCAAGUGCCGCGCCGAGAUGCUGGAGCACGUGCGCCGCACCCACCGGCACCUGCUGGCCGAGGUGUCCAAGCAGGUGGAGCGCGAGCUCCGCGGGCUGCACCGCUCGGUGGGCAAGCUGGAGGGCAACCUGGACGGCUACGUGCCCCCCGGCGACUCGCUGCGCUGGCGCCGCUCCAUCAAGGCCUGCCUGAGCCGCUGCCAGGACACCAUCGCGCACCUGGAGCGCUGGGUCAAGCGCGAGAUGCACGUGUGGCGCGAGGUCUUCUACCGCCUGGAGCGCUGGGCCGACCGCCUGGAGGCCGCGGGCGCCAAGCACCCGGCGGGCGGCGAGCCGGGCCGCGCCGUGUCCGUGGGCGUGGGCGGCCCCGAGGGCUGCUGCCAGGAGGCCGACGGCUACGACUACAGCGUCAGCCCCUACGCCAUCCCGCCGCCGCCGGCCGCGGGCGAGCUGCCGCCGGGCCAGGCGCUGGAGGACGAGGAGGCGCAGCAGUACCCGCCCUGGGGGCCCGGCGAGGACGGGCAGCCGCUGCCCGGCGUGGACACACAGGUGUUCGAGGACCCGCACGAGUUCCUCAGCCACCUGGAGGAGUACCUGCAGCAGGUGGGCGGCUCGGAGGAGUACUGGCUGUCCCAGAUCCGGAACCACAUGAACGGGCCCGCCAAGAAGUGGUGGGAGUUCAAGCAGGGCUCCGUCAAGAACUGGGUGCAGUUCAAGAAGGAGUUCCUGCAGUACAGCGAGGGCACGCUGUCCCGCGAGGCGCUGCAGCGCGAGCUGGACCUGCCGCAGAAGCAGGGCGAGCCCCUCGACCAGUUCCUGUGGCGCAAGCGCGACCUGUACCAGACGCUGUACGUGGACGCCGAGGAGGAGGAGAUCAUCCAGUACGUGGUGGGCACCCUGCAGCCCAAGCUCAAGCGCUUCCUGCGCCACCCGCUGCCCAAGACCCUGGAGCAGCUCAUCCAGCGCGGCCUGGAGGUGCAGGGCGGCCUGGAGCAGGCCGAGCCCGCCGCCCCGCGCCCCGCCCCCGAGGAGGCCGGGGCCCAGCCCGAGCCCGAGCCCGAGGGCGCCCUCACGCCUGCCCUCACCAACGAGUCCGCCCUUCCCCCUCCGAGUGGCAUGGGCAGCGGGCACCGAGCUCGGGACGCCCCAGAGCCGAAGCGGAGACAGCCCGUGCCUCGGGGACCUCAGCUUCAGGGCUGCAGCGCUCCGGCCAUGGCUGCACAGGGUAGCCGGCCAGCCUCGGACAGGACCGCCCACUCCCGUCCUGGAGGAAGCAAGCUGACCCCCAACCCCAAAGCAGCAGCAGCAGCAGCAGCAGCAGCAGCAGCAGCAGCGCCGGCUCCUGGCCCCUCAGCAGCAUCCGUGAUUCAUGCUCCAGCUCAGCGGGCUGACUCACCGCGCGGGCAGAGGGUCCCACGGCCCCAGCCCCCAAACGAGCUGAGGUGGCAGCGUGCCCCGGAGCCAGGAGCACGCCCACAGGUCUCAGGCUCCCCGGAGCCCCGGCUGCUGCGCCUGGCACUGCCCCCUCCCCCCCCACGAGCUGCCGCCCAGGAGAUGCCUGCGGCCAGCAGAGGGGGGUGCGGAGAGGAGACCCCGAGGAGAGGGACCCCGAGAGAGCGGUGCUGAAGACAGGCCGGCUGAGGGCAGGCCGCCAGGUGCCCGCCCCGCCGGCUGCCAGCCCGCGGGCCCCAGGCCUCGGUGGCUGGAGUCGGGGUUUGCUACUCAGGCCCCGACUCACUCCAGCCCGGAACCCGCCGCCGUGUGGCCACCGGCUCCUCCUGCCGAGCUCCCGCCAGCCCUGGGCGAAGGCUGGCCGCGCAGGCCCCUGCCCGGCGCCCCGGGACGCCCCACGCCUUUGCUCCUGGGCUGGAGCUGGUCUCUGCCAGGCCCGCUGCUGCCCGGCCCGACCCCCCCUCCCCAACACCUGGUGCUGCCUCGGCCUGUGUCUGCCGGGCAGGGCGUGUCUGGGGGUCCCCUUUCCGCCCGUCCACUGGGGUUCCCGGAGCGGGGACUGAGCUGCAGGCGACACUGUGCCCCCCCGCCCCCCCCACCCCCCUGGUUGCACAGGAGCAGAACCCAGGCCCGGCCAGGCCUCCCCGAAGACAGACCCUUUUGUACGGUUUUGCUAAUAAAACACUGAAACU